AUGCCACCUCGUAAGUCUAUCUCGCGAAAAAGCGACACUUCAACUGCACGAUUUGUCCCGAUGGAUGAUGUGUUGCCCUUGGAGCAAAGUCGAGCACCCGCUCCGACACAUGACAACGAUUCCAUGGCCACACAAGGACCUGCUGCACCAGCACCAGCACCGCAAGCUGCCAAUGAGACUCCUGGUACGGAAGCUGAAGCGGAUACUUCUAUGACCCAGGAUGGAGACAAGAAGGACAAGGACAAGGACAAGGACAAAGAGCACAAGGAGCACAUCACCAUCGAGGACUUAACCCUUCCAAAGUCUAUAAUAACGCGUCUGUCUAAGGGUGUUCUACCCCCCAACACACAGAUCCAGGCCAAUGCAAUCAUGGCUCUAAGCCAGAGCACCACAGUGUUUAUCAACUACCUAGCGUCUCACGCCAAUGAAAACACCAUCAAUGCAGGCAAAAAGACAAUCUCCCCUGCAGAUGUCUUCAAGGCACUCGAGGAGACCGAGUUCGCGUUCCUCAAGGAACCUCUUGAAGCUGAAUUUUCCAAGUUCAACGCUAUCCAGACUGAAAAGCGCACAUCUUACCGUCAAAAAGUCCGCGCCAAAAAGUCAGACGGGCCAGACACUGACAUGCCAGACAUGUCUAACAUGGAAACCGACGCAGACACAACAGCUGUCUCAACAGGCCCUCUAGCUAAGCGCCCUCGUGUAGAGCCUGGAAAUGCAGAGGCGGAGGAGGAUGCCGUGACGGAGGAUGAAGUUGAGAUCCCCGAAGAUUCAGAGGACGAUGAAGUCGAAGAAGAAGACGAGGAAGAGGGAGAAGCUAGUGACGAUGAUACCCAGGAUGCCCUUGAGCUCAAGGAAGGGAAAGAGGAGAGAGACGAGGCAUUGGAUGGUGAUGAGAGUGAUUAG